CUCCUUAAAUUAUCAAAAUCCCUCCUUUUUUCCUAUUCUCUUUUGCUAUCUCACAAGUCCAUAUCAUAGUUUCACACACGGCAGAUGCCCUCCCACCUUCAAAAUCUCUAGAAAUAUCGCCAUGAACAGUGCCACGAGAAUGAGAUUUCUCCUCUUGCAUCGAUUUGAGCUCAAAUUCGUGAGAUUUUUGGAACCUCGGAUGCACCAUCAGCUCGUGAAUCCAUAUAUGAGGAAGUUUCGCUGAUUUUGUUUAUGAAAAUCUGAAGAAUCGGAAGUCAACGCAGGUCUGGCACUGUUCAUUCAAAAUUUUGUCUCUUUGAUUCACGAUGAUCCAGACUUCUUUGAUGGCUAAUUUUUGGAUAUACUGAGCGGUUUGCAAUCCCCUUCCAUCCUAUGAAGUUGAAUUUCAUUAUGAAUUGAUUUUCAUUUCGAUUUGAGGGGUUUAUGGGUUACGAACUACUGUUCAUAGCGAGAACCUUGAUUAUGAAUGCUUAUGUUUUUUUCCAAGUUUUGUGGAUUCUUCCCUGCUGUUUUGAGUUCCUUUGAGAUGCAUAUGAAUGAUUUUACUUGUACAAGUUCCUAGUAUGAAUAGCUGCUGGUGUUCUUGACUCCUUUCACGGCAUAGUUUCCCAGUAUGAAUAGCUGCUGUUUUUCUUGUUUCCUGGUAAUAAUAGGCUCAUAGCUAGAGAUCUGUAGUCUUUUUAACUCCUUUCACGGCAUAGUUUCCCAUAGCUUUUAAUGUUUUCAUUGUGAGGCUUCAUAUCAAACUUGUGAUAGAUUUUCCCUUCCACAAAAAGCCUUCCCUGCCCUGAUUCAGAAAAUAUGGACAUUGGAAUAAAUUCUGUUGACAUUCCCAUGGAAUAGGAUUUGGGAAUGUUUCCAGGUUCGCUACCAGCCAACCCCAUGGAUUAUGUGUGAUUUGUGUUAGGUUUACAUGCUUUGAUGUCCAAUAAACUAAUUGAUUUUGUCUGAUUUUGAAAAAAAUCGUACGGAAUUGCAGAGAUAUCAAUGUUUUGAUGACGGCAUUGAAACAGAUAAAAGAGAAAGCUCAUAAGGACGAUCGGAAGAAUAAUGAAGAGACGAUAUCUAGGUGAGUGAGUAGGGCUUGCAGUUUCUCGCGGCUCAAAUUUCAGCCAAACACUGAUUAUGAAGAUUGUUGUAAAUUUUGGUCAAUUUACAUAUUCAAACACUGAUUAUGAAGAUUGUUGUGAAUUUCAGGUUCAUAUAAUCAUAUGGAAUUGUAGAACGUAUUUGAUUGGUUCAUUUUGUGCAAUUAUUUUGACCUGCUACAGACAUGUGUUAGUAAAUUCAGCCUAGUGUUUGGGAAUAGAUCAUCCUUGGACAUGAAUAAGGACAAAAGAGCUUUGGAGAGUUUCCAUAUUGGGGAGAUCCAAAGAAAUGGUUGUUGCUAUUUCAUUGAGAUGUUCAAGACAAGGCUCAUGUUAAGAUUCUUGUCAUAUUCAUUGAUGAAGAUAAAGUGCGAGAAGCGGGGCUUGGGGAGAACUUACGAGUCCGAGUAUCUGGGAUUGAGGAAGAUGAUAUCUUAUCAGGCUUUGUUUUAUUUUAUGCAGUGUUGGUAAAUACCAUUCAAUUAUUUUCUCUGUUUAGUCUACUUUUUCAUUUUUCAAAGCUUUAUGUGUGGAUGCUUCUAAAUUGUUUGUUCAUUUUGUUACACAGUAAUAAAGUGGAUGCUUUGCAAGAAAAUACUUAAUGGUAUGCAGAUUGAGGACUCAAGUGGAUGCUUUACAAGAAAAUAUUGCUAGAGCAAGAGAUGGAUUCAAAAAUGUUAUUGAGGGGAUAAAUACCUAAAUUAGGUGUGCCAAAUGGACAAUUAGAGUGUGAUUUUAUUUAUGUAAAUAUUAAAUUAUUGGAUGUUAUUUAGACUUGGA